UAAGUUGUUCGUACUGUAUGUUUUAAACAAGAAAAUCAUUUACCUGAAUGAAAUAAAAUGCAUUAUUCAAAGUAAAAUUACGUCAUACAUUUAUUGAAUAUAAAUUUAAAAUAUUCAACAAAAAAUCGCGCUAUAAAUAGUUGUCAUUGAAAUUAUUUUCAUUGUUGUAAAAAAAAUGUGUUAAAAAAGAUUUCAAAAUGUCUCGUAAAAGUUCAUUAAUAGAAUUAAAGCCGGGUAACGGUAAAAUAGAAAUUCGAAGCGAUAAUAUAUCGAACGAUAAUGGAAAAGUUGUGUUAAAACGUAAAAUUACAUUAUUAAAUGGUGUAGCGUUAAUUGUUGGUACAAUUAUUGGUAGUGGUAUAUUUAUAUCACCCACAGGUGUAUAUUUGGAAACGAAAUCAAUCGGUGUAUCAUUGAUUGUUUGGGCGUUAAGUGGUGUUUUCUCAAUGUUUGGUGCAUUAUGUUAUGCUGAAUUAGGUACUUCUAUACAACGUUCUGGUGGUGAUUAUGCAUAUAUUUAUGUUGCAUUUGGUCCGUUACCUGCUUUCUUACGUUUAUGGAUUGCUAUUUUGAUUAUUCGACCAACAACACAAGCAAUUGUUGCAUUAACAUUUGCACAAUAUGCCGCUAAACCAUUUUUCCCUGAUUGUGAUACACCAGAUAUUGCUGUGCGACUUUUAGCUGCUGUUUGUUUAUGUCUAUUAAGUGCUAUCAAUUGUAUGAGUGUUCGAUGGGCGAUGCGUAUACAAAGUGUAUUUACAGCAGCUAAAUUAACAGCAUUGGCAUUAAUUAUAUUAGCUGGAGCCAUACAUUUAUUACAAGGAAAUGUUUCAAAUUUUGAAAAUUCAUUUAAAGGAAAUUAUAGUGCUUCAAGUAUUGCAAUUGCAUCGUAUUCAGGAUUAUUUGCUUUUGGUGGCUGGAAUUACUUAAAUUUUGUUACAGAAGAACUUAAAGAUCCAUACAGAAAUUUACCCCGAGCCAUAUGGAUUGCAAUGCCAAUGGUUACAUUAGUCUAUGUUUUUGCAAAUGUAGCUUAUUUUGCCGUAGUAACAGAAGCAGAAAUGUUAAGUAAUCCGGCAGUAGCAGUCACAUUUGGAAAUCGAAUGUUUGGCAUAUUUUACUGGGCUGUACCAGUUUUCGUUGCUCUGUCCACAUUUGGUGGUGUGAAUGGUAUUUUAUUUACGUCAGCUCGAUUAUUUUUAACAGGAUCGCAAGAAGGACAUUUACCAGAAGUAUUUUCAUACAUACACAUCACAAGAAUGACGCCUGUUCCUUCAUUAAUUUUUACUUGUAUAACGGCUUGUGCUAUGUUAUUAACAAGCAACAUAUUCCAAUUGAUUAAUUAUUUUAGUCAAAUUUUAUGGUUGUCAGUAGCUGCAAGUGUUGCAGGGAUGUUAUGGUUACGAUAUAAGCAACCAGAUAUGCCACGACCAAUUAAAGUGAAUCUUAUAUUGCCGAUAAUGUUUUUAAUUGCAUGUUUAUUCUUGGUUUGUCUACCAGUGUUCUUACAACCAAUGUAUACCUUGAUAGGUAUUCUAAUUACAUUAUCAGGAAUUCCAUUUUAUUAUUUAUGUGUAAAAUGGGAAAAUAAACCAAAAAGUUACGAUAAUGUUUCUGGAUGCAUAACAAGAUUUAUUCAAGCAGUACUGAAUGUGACAUCUGCAGAUGAAAGUGUGAAACUUGGAGAAUUGUAAAGAAAUUUAUGAAGACUUUUACUCAUAUAAUUUUAAAGAGUAUUAUCAUCCAAUACACAAACCUUCAUAAAUCAUUACAAUGAUAAACUUGAUAUUAUGUAUAGAUAAAAAUAUUUUAUCACAAAUUUAAGGCUGAAAUUAUUUUGAAAAUAAACGAUUCAAUAAAAAAAAUUUCGUUUCUUAUGUUUACUAAUUUGAGCGAAUAUUUAGAAAGAGCUUUAGAUUUUUUAUGUUUGGUUAAUACCUAUGUUACUUCAGUUUUUUUAUUGACAUCCCAAAUUAUUGAAUUUUUUACUCGAACAUAAAAGUAUUAUACUGUCCAAAUAGAAUUUUGAUACAAAAAAACUUGGAAAAAUAUAGUUGUAUUUAAUGUAACUGAUGUAGGUUUGUGUAUUUGGAACAUUGUGUCGUCCAUAAAAUAAUAGACGAUGAGCCUUGAAUGAAGCGAAAUUUCCUUGGUCAUUUUUCUAUCUUUUUGAGGAUUAAUAAUGGAAAAUUUGAUAAUAAAGAAUUUGAAGAGUUAACCGUGGCUCGAGUGUCGAAUUAAUGAAAAUCGAGUUUUUCAGCAACUCUUUUUGUCUGCUAUAUAUGAUCAAAUAAAUUAUUGGCAACAGGAUAUGUUGAUAAAAAUGUUGAGAAAUGGUUUCGUUUUUUUGACAGUUGCAAAUUUCCUACCAUUUUUUUAAGUAUCCUGUUUGCAAAAAUUUUCUUUUAACAUAUACUCCUCGAAAAUUUCUUUAUUACCAAACUUACCUUUAUCAAUCCUAAAAAAGGCAGACAAAAUGAAUCAAGGGAAUUUUGCUUUUUAUAGCCUCACGAUCUAUAAUCUUGAUUUUAUAAACACAACUUUUUUUCCUUUUAAGGAUUUAUGUUUUUCAAUAUUAAUUAACUUUCCCCAACAGUGAAAGUAUAAUUUUAUGGCAUUGUACUGGGACCAUUUUUAAGGAUACAUCCCAGUAUUAUAAAAAUAUCCAUUCUUGCUUAUAAUUUUGAUUGUUUGUUUGAUCUCAAGUGUUAAAAUUCAAAUAUGUGCGUGAUGCGUAUAAAUUUUUUGCAUUUUCUAAUGACCUACGUUCUUGUACUAAAUAUAGUUACCAAGCAUUCCCUUAAAUGUACAAAGUUUUGAUUUGCGGUCAAGAAAAUUGUAUGAAUUUUUUUAUAAUAAAUAAAGGAUUUGAUAUUAUUUUAAUGUUCUGAAGGUUGUAAAUUCUAUGUAGAUUUUUAUUACCAAUUUUUUUUUCUGUUUUUGAAAAUAAACUUUAAAAUCUUAAAAUGUAAUUGACUGAAUAGCAAAAAAAAAAUUCUCUGCACGUAAGAUUAUCGUAAAAAUAUAGAUUUCAAUUGUUAAUAGGGUUACCAUCUUUCCCGAAGUGAGAGGAUAUAUUCACGCCGUCGUUUUCAGGAAUUUAUUCGUAGUCUUACGAGUUUGUUUAUUUUUGCAUGAGAAUUUACCUAUUUAUUAAUUUUGAAACAUUGUUUUGUGUAGAGUGUAUCAUAAAUAUGAAUUAAACAAAAUUGAUAAUGAAAGCUAACUGAAAUUGAGGGUGAUCAUUUAUUGUAAUUUGAGUAUUAUAUUAUUAUAUCCGUUUCGGCUAAAGAUGGAACGUCAUUUACUUGAUUGGUUUAAAAAAGUACACGUCCAUUUAUUUGUAAAGUA